AUGUACACCUCUAGGAAAUAUUCCCUGGACGCAUUGUACGAUCUUUGUGUAACGUCCCUGGAAGAGUUCCUAUCAGAAGACAAUGUCUGCCAGAUCCUGGAGGAGUGUCAUGGUUAUGGGGAGCUGGACCUGGAACAGAGAGCGCUGAAGAUUCUUACACGAGGAGGGAACAGAGUUGCCAAGUCUCUGGGGUUUGUGAGUCUUUGCCGUGAUUGUCUUGAUCAGUUUGUCAGGUCAGAUAAUUUGAGAUUGAAAGAGGAAGACGUAUUUGACGCAGUGCUGUCCUGGACAAAGAGAAGAUGCCGGAAGGAAGGUGUGAGUGACACGCCUGAGAACAUACGUAGAGUCCUGGGAGAGAUGAGGUAUGAGAUCCGGUUUACCAGCAUCCCCCUGGAGUAUCUGGUGAAGGUUGUAGGGAAAUCAGGUUUGCUGACAGGGGAUGAGAGAAUACGAAUAAUGGACAGAGAUAUGGACACAACUGUGGACAUAUCUCCGUUUAAACACUCACAGAGAAAGGUCGACGCUAUCAUUGAAGGGAAAUAUAAGGCCUCCAAAAAACGUGUGGCCAAUAGAUUUAUUCAAUGCGGUCCUAUUCUGCCAGCUGGGAAAAGUGCUAUCUCCUUCUCACCUAGUCAGAGCAUUCUCCUACUGGGGUGUCAGCUGUUUGGUGGAUGGAAUGGAGACGCAGAGUAUACCGUGACAAUCAGAGUGUUUGACGCCAACAACGCGGUGAUUGAUGAAUCGUUCCUGAACACCAGAAUGUUGCUUCAAGGCAGUAAAGUGUUGAAUGACUUCCUGUUUCACAGUCCUCUUUACCUCACAGCAGGUGCGACCUAUACUCUGUAUGUGAACAUGAAGGGACCUGGCACUACCUUUGGAGCGGGAGGAUCUGCUACAGUAACAGUCGAUGGAAUAGAGUUCACAUUUACAGACUCUCCAAUGUCUACUACAGACACAUCAAGACACGAAGGACAGAUACCUGGCUUGAUAUUCAGUCGCCCGUCAAAGGGAGUGUGUCCGGUGUGCCUUGCUGCGGCGAUGUGGUAG